AUGCUCUGCCGUCUGCUCGAUCUGAUGGAGCCAACGUUCUUGCGGCCCUCCACAGGGCCGCCGAGUGAACACGGUGCUUUCCAUAACCCUCACACGUCUCCUCCAUCACCAGACCUGGAUGUGGCCAUCACCGGUUUGCCGGGUGAGAUUUGGAACAUGAUAUCCAGACACGACGUUGGCAGGCUGGAGUUUCUCGUCAGGCUGGUCGGUCAGCUUGAAGCACCGGGCCUCGGUCCGCUGGUGAUACCGGAUUCCAGAUUCGAUGUGGACACCGUAGAUAUCCCGGGAGCCAUCAUGCGGAUCCAUCUCGUCAGGCUUGGAGGUCGGACAUAUAUCAGCCACGUAUCUGAUCCCGGCAGCAGUGGGGAUGCUGAUACUCGGCAGCCCUACAGAGACUAUCAGUUUGGCGAGAGCAAGUAUCUGGCCGUCAAGACCGAUGGCAUCGGCGUAGUGGACCUGGCCCUGGAUGAGAGCCAGGGUCGACCGAACUGGAUAUUCGACAGCCAUACCUCUCCGUUCGGUAAGGAGAUGUCCAGGGUCAGAGACGCGGAUCUGCACAGACUACGGCUCAUUCGUGAUUCAAUGAAAUGCCGGGCCAUACUCACCACAAACCGAGGCGGUGUAGAACCGUACUUUGAUGCAGAUUCCAUGCCCCCCGGGAACUCAUGGAUCAACUCCAGCCUCAGAAUAGGUUCAUGGCCCACUGAACAGACUGACCCUUCCACCUACCUUGCACAUGCUCGAUACAUCUCAUUCGAACAUGCAGAGACCAUCACUUUCUACCUAAAUCUCAUUCGUCUAGGUAUUACCGAGAUAUACGUCAACGACUCGCAGCACCACAGAGGCCACUGCGUCCGCUUUCCCGACCUGCGUUCAAGCCGGACGCUGAAGGUCUCCGUUUGCCGACUGGGCGCGGGCCAACAGCACCCAUUCAUCCAGUUUAAUAUUGAUGGCCAGUGGGUUCCUGCUCUCCCGCACAGCGGCAUUAUCAUUCAGCAGGUAGUGCUGGAUAAUGUCAUCGGCAUCUGGCUAGGGGAUACCUUCCCGCUUGAACCAGUGCAUAUCGGCGUCGUGAGAGACGAGUCUGCGCCCUGUCUUCUUCCCAGGGACCAAAUGAUGAAGGUCCCGGAUUUAUCCAUGUUCACCAGCCGAUGGUAG